UGGUAUUGCUGCCCGUUGGUACCGCUGUUGGGACCACCGUCGAUGGUGCGCCUGGAGCCGAUAUUUGGAAUGCGAGUCACUGACUACCCGCAGCUCACAUCCCUUGCCAAGGAGUUUGAGCCAUAUGGCCAAUUAUGGAAAAUGUGUGGGGAGUUCACCCGAGCACUUCCUGAAUGGAUGGAUGGCCCUUUUACAAAUAUUGAUGCAGAUGCCAUGGCAGCUGACAUUGACCGGUUGUCACGUGGAACGAAACGGUGGACCAGAAUGCUGCUGGGGGAUGCAGCAAUUGCUGCAGCUGAGCUAAAAGGGCGUGUGGAGAGCUUCCAGCUGGUACCACCAUUAUACCAGCCUAGCCACGUGCACUUAGAUAGCGUAUGCGCAGCCUGUACACCAUCGACAAGUGAUCCGGUCAGCUCGCCACUGAAUUACGAGGACUCGACGACAUGGUCAAGACUUGAGGAGCUUGACCCGCUCAUGAGAGAGGACUUCGCUUGGAUGCCUCUAACCUCAACCGGAACCUUGCCAAGGCCGCAUUGCAACGCCUUGAUGGAAAAUCUACGCUCCUAUUUGCACACUGCAAUACCAGCUUCGUUGACGGACGACGGAGUAGCGGUUGUCGAUCUCCGCUCCUAUCUUGCGAAGAUUGACCGCGAGUAUGCCACCCAAAGGUACACCGAGACCGACGCGCCUUCGCUCUAUAUCCGCAUUCAAAUCGGAAAGGCAACUUGCAGUGCCUUGAUUGAUUGCGGAGCAUCUCGCAAUUUCAUGAGCCAAGCCUUUAUGGCCCGCGCGCAAGUUACACUCGCGGACGGCUGCACGCAAAAGUUAAUUGAUCGAUGCGUCGACGGCGUCCCGGUAUACUUUGCACCACUUGCGUGCGAGCCGGUGUCUUUUGACAUCCUCGACACCAAGUUCGACAUGAUUCUAGGCAUGUCUUGGUUGCGUAACGCCGAUCAUCCGGUGAACUUUCAUGACCGAACCGUUCACAUCCGUGAUCGGAACGGAGUGUUAGUGCCAUAUACGGUCGCGACCCCUCACACUUCGAUUGCUUGUCACGUGGUUUCCGUUGCGAGAAUUCGCGACGCCAUUGCUCGGAAUGACGUCGAGGAGAUGGGCCUUGUAUUCUUGCAUGCUCUUCCCUCGUCGGACGGACCAGCCGCGUCACCGCUGGACCCACACAUUUCUCACAUCUUGGAUGAGUAUGGAGACGUCUUCGAGGCCCCCACCGGAACGGUUCCGGAUAGGCCCAUACGUCAUAAGAUCGCUCUCGAGACUGGCGCCGUCCCUCCGCGUGGAUGCAUUUACCGCAUGAGCGAAGAGGAACUCGAGGUGCUUCGCGCACAACUCGACGACCUCCUUGACAAGGGCUGGAUUCGCCCUAGUUGUUCGCCUUACGGUGCCCCUGUUCUCUUCGUCCGGAAGAAGAACAAAGAUCUACGGUUAUGCAUCGAUUAUAGAAAACUUAACGCCCAAACUGUAAAGAACGCCGGCCCUCUCCCUAGGAUCGAUGAUCUCCUUGAGCGGUUAGGCGGCGCGACGUACUUCUCGAAGUUGGACUUGAAGUCGGGUUACCAUCAGAUUGAAAUCCAGCCUCAAGAUCGGUACAAAACCGCGUUCAAGACGCGCGUCCUCAUCUACCUCGAUGACAUCUUGGUUUAUAGUAGGACGUUGGACGAGCACAUCGUACAGCUUCGCGCUAUUCUGGAUCGUUUGCGAUUGGCCAAGUACAAAGCGAAUCUCGACAAGUGUGAGUUCGCCAAGCAGGAGCUUGAGUACUCGGGUCACUAUGUCACGCCGAAAGGUAUUCGUCCCUUAGCGGACAAGAUCCAAGCCAUCGUGGAUUGGCCGGAACCCAGUUGCACGACGGAUGUACAUUCUUUCAUGGGUUUGGCUGGAUAUUAUCAGCGAUUGGUCGAGUCAUACUCGAAAGUGGCCGCUCCCUUGUCGAUACUUCAGUCCCCAAAGGUGCCCCUCGAGUUCGACGACGCAGCCCGUGGCGCGUUCACUACGUUGAAGGCAGCGAUGCAAGCCGCACCUGCCCUCCGUAUAUACGACCCCACCCUUCCCACCCAAGUGACUACGGACGCUUUGGGAUACGGUAUUGGUGCGGUGUUGGAACAGUGUCACGAGGACGGUUGGCACCCGGUCGAUUAUUUUUCCCAAAAGGUGCCUCUCGUCAACACUCUCGACGACGCUAGAAAGAAAGAGCUACUCGCAUUCGUCACCGUUCUCAAAUGGUGGCGCCACUUUCUUCUCGGYCGUCGGCGUUUUAAAUGGAAUACGGACAACAAUCCGUUGACCUUUUAUAAAACGCAGGAUACGGUCACUAGCACGAUCGGUCGAUGGAUGUAUUACAUCGACCAUUUCGACUUUGACCCGUGCCACAUUCCCGGUCCCGCCAAUCGAGCUGCGAACGCCCUCUCACGACGGCCCGAUUUUUGUGCCAUUGUGACCACGRCAUUCGACCUCGAUGACGAUCUGCAGCCGCAUUUCGUCAAAGGUUACAAGUCUGAUCCGACUUACUCUACGCUUUACGCAGAGCUUUCAUCGGAUCACCCGCCGGCUAGCCAUUAUUGGAUUUCCGACGGGUUCCUUCUCCUUCACACAAGAGGAAAGGACUUGUUAGUUGUGCCCCAAGAUCGYAUCUUACGGACUCGUCUUCUCGGCGAAUUCCACGUCGCACGACUUUCAGCACACCUUAGCGUGACCCGCACAUUAGCACGCCUCCGCCAGCGUUUUCACUGGCCUGACGUCCUUCACGACGUCACGAGGUACAUUGAGUCAUGUGCAGUUUGCCACCAUAACAAGGGUCGAUCCCGAGUCCCCUUCGACGAACUUAAGCCGUUGCCGAUUCCUCGGGCACCGCGCCUCUCCAUUGCUAUGGACGUUACAGGCCCGUUCCCCCGCGAUCGCCUCGGCCAUGAUGAUAUUCUCACGGUCGUUGACCGUUUGAGCAAGUAUGCUCGUUUUCUUCCUUGCAAGUAUCAUGCUGCAGCGCCUGAGCUCGCACGACUCUUGCACACCGGUUGGAUUACCAACCCGGGUGUUCUGGAAGACAUGGUGAGCAACCGAGAUACUCGCUUCAUGUCGGCCUUUUGGACUUCCCUUAUGGCUGAGUCCGGUACGACAAUGAAGCCGAGCUCGUCUCGGCACCCACAGACGGAUGGCCAAACAGAGCGAGCACACCAGACCGCUCAGAUGAUGUUGCGUACGCUCAUCCGUCCCGACCCGAAAGAUUGGGUUGACCGACUUCCCGACAUCGAGUUCGCCUACAACACUUCGGUGCACCCAGUGAUCUGCGUCACACCAUUCGAGCUAUAUCAUGGUGGAGAGAAAGCACGGAUCUUCGCUGAUCUCCUUUUGCCAUAGGCUGCCGACAUAGACGUCCCUUGCUCUCCCGCUUCCAUCUGGAAGUACCCGGACUUGCUGAUCAAAGCCCGCGC